AUGUCGGGGACCAGCAUGACGCCAGGCUUCUCCCACAUUGAUAUACACCUGAAAUACUGUUACAACGAUGUCGAGGACCAGCAUGACACAUUUGGCAUCCCUUUGUUCAUGGCUGCUGAUGUGCUAGCGGGGAUCAGCCAAGUCAACAAAAAUAAUUGUAGGAUACACAAUCGCUUUGGAAAGGAGGGUUUGGCAACAAAGCUGCUAUUCUCAGACUCUCGUCUGAAUGGCACGUCCAACAGUGGCAGUGUAUGGUUUUACAACAUCCAGGGAGUGUUCAGAGCCGUGUUUGAGUACCACGAGCUGUUUGUGCAGAGAGACUGUUUGCUCAAGUUAAGGGAUGUGUGGCUACAACACUACAGUGAACCCGACCUGCCAGAAUCCAUGUCCCUCUCGUGGACCGACAGUGUGCACCAAACAGAGAACAGUAGUGCUGUGAAACAGGAACACCUUGUGAGCCUCCCGGCCCCGGUGCUCUCCUCCCCAGUCUGUGAUAGGGCUGCAGGCGGAAGUGUGGCCAGCACCACCGUGGACUCUUUCAUACAACACAUCGUUGAACAAAGAAACGCUCAUCCAUCGAAUCCUGAACUCUCUGUUGUAGCCCAGGUCCUCGAGUUUCUCAAGUUGGAACUAUGUCAUUAUGAAAUAUCACCAUCAAACUGUUUUCCUUUUGAGAUGUUCAGCUACUACAGGACUUCCCUGGGUGAUGCGGCCCUCCAACAGGAACUGAGAAACUGUGCCUUCAACAUUCCCACGAGGAAAAACAUUGCAUUGUGUGUAGUAGCUGAAUGGCUGGGCCAGGAGUUCCAUAACUUGGAAAGAAAUAUUGCAAAACGUGUGGAUGCUUUUAAGAAAGAGCAUAUCAACUGUAUAGACAAUCUGCCUCCAGCAGAAUCUAUUGUCACUUCUUUGUUUCCGACUGCGAUGAAGCGUUUGCUGAGUCGGUGGAUCGGUCUGAACCAGCUGCACUCAGCUGACUGUAUGAACCAGGAUCACAACUACAGUCCUCCGGACAAGAGGCAGCCGGAGCAGACGCGGAAUCUCUUCCCACUGAUUCAGAUUAUUCUGGAGUUUGCUAACAAUGCAUUAAUAUCUGGAACUGCUCAUGUGGUGUUUUCCAGACUUCGAUAUGCUGUGUAGGUGCACAAACUCUCGCUCUCCGUUUUGACGUCGGCAAAUGGCAUUGAACAGACUUCAAUCUAUUUGACUGCAGCUCCUGAGUUUGGUUUGAUAUUAAUUUCUGCGACAAUUCGUUAUCUUUAAAAACAUUAUGAAAAAAGGUAUUUUGCAGUUGAGGAACUUGCAGGUCUAUUUGGGAAUUAUUGAGGGAUAGUUAAUAAAUAGUGAUAUAAGGAUAUAUAAGAUGUGGGGUCUCUUUGGUAGGACGUAAGUCUACUUUAGUAAGACAUAGUUUCACUAAGGUAACAGAGGGUCGGUAAGACAGGGUCAGUAUGAUGUAAGGUCAGUAUGAUGUAAGGUUAGUAUGGUAAGAGUAGUUUCACUGAGGUAAAACAGGGUCACUAUGGUGAGAUAUGGGAUCACUAUGGUGUGAUAUGGGGUCACUGUGGUGAGAUAUAGAUCACUAUAGUGAAAUAUGGGGUCAUUGUGGUGAGAUGGGGUCACUGUGGUGAGAUAUGGGGUCACUAUGGUGAGAUAUGGGAUCACUAUGGUGAGAUAUAGGAUCACUAUGGUAAACUUAAGAGAACAGUAGCCAGGCAGUCGUAACUUCCCCAGGUUUUACCUGCUCAGAUGGUGUUGAUGAGGUGGUAUUUGUUGUGUAUUGCAGCUGUUAUUGGACCUGAUGAUCAGUUGGUUCAUGUUGUUGAUCCAGUCCAUUUGUGAUGUUUUGAAGAUUUAUUGCCAACUUGAACUGUUUGUAUCAGGCAAUAAAACAGAUAUAUCAUAUC